AUAUGAUCGGGUCACCUUUGUGACGUCCAUCGAAUUUAUUUAAUUAUUUUUUAAAUUUAAAACUUUGGUGAGGCAAAAGGUUGCUUCUCAUUUAUUAAUUGCAAUUUGGCUGUUACCGGUUGAAAAAACUUCUUGUUCCCGUUUUAAUACAUUCAAUUUAAUACUAUGAGUGAACCAAUCAGAGUUGUAGUAACCGGCGCAGCCGGCCAAAUUGCCUACUCCCUCCUCUAUAUGGUUGCCAAAGGGGAUGUGUUUGGACCCAACCAACCUUUGAUCCUUCACCUUCUUGACAUUCCACCAAUGAUGGGCGUCUUGGAGGGUGUCGUUAUGGAACUUGACGAUUGUGCUCUACCCCUUUUACACGGAGUUGUACCCACCGAUGAUCCCGCCGUGGCAUUUAAGGACGUCUCUGCUGCUUUUUUGGUUGGUGCCAUGCCACGUAAACAAGGUAUGGAACGUAAAGAUCUAUUGAGCGCCAACGUCAAAAUCUUUAAGGUCCAAGGCGAGGCUUUGGACCAGCACGCCAAGAAAGACGUUAAAGUAUUGGUUGUUGGAAACCCGGCCAACACCAACGCCUUAAUUUGUUCUCGUUACGCUCCAUCUAUUCCAAAAGAAAACUUUACUGCUAUGACCAGAUUGGAUCAAAAUAGGGCACAAGCACAAAUUGCUCAAAAAUUGAAAGUUCCCUCUCGUCAAGUAAGCAAUUUGAUCAUCUGGGGCAAUCACUCUUCCACCCAAGUACCAGAUGCAUCUCAUGCCGGAGUUGAGAUUAAUGGAAGCGUUUUACCUGUUCCUGAAGUAGUUAAAGACGCUGCUUGGUUGAACUCUACAUUCGUUGAGACAGUUCAAAAAAGAGGCGCUGCAGUUAUUAACGCUAGAAAAAUGUCAUCGGCGAUGUCGGCCGCUAAAGCUGCAUCUGAUCAUAUGAGGGAUUGGUUCAUGGGAACUCAACCAGGAAAGUUUGUUUCUAUGGGUGUAGUGAGCGACGGCAGCUACGGGGCACCAAAAGAUGUAAUUUUCUCAUUCCCCGUGAGCAUUAAAGGAGGCAAAUGGGAAAUCGUUAAAGGUUUGGAAAUCAAUGAUUUCGCCAAGAAACUUUUGGAGGUUACUGGUAAAGAGCUGGAAGAAGAACGUCAAGAAGCCAUUCAGAUCAUUGAGGCAUGACUCGUUAACAAGCUUUAAAAUGUUUAACAGAAAAAAAAAUUACAAAAACAAAGUAGAAUGUAGCAUUAUAAAGAUUUUCCGUUUGUUUAAUUUUUUUUAAUUGGAAGUCUGAAAUCUAAGACCAAUGAGUUUUAACAUUAUAUCCUUGUAAAAGUCGAACUUUAACAAUCAUUAUAGUAGCAGUAAAGGUGUAAUUAAAUUAAUUUCCCACUUUCGAAUGUUAUUGAGUCUAAAUAGUGCCAAUAUUUAAAAGAAAUCAUAAAAAUGACUGAAACAUCCACUAUAUUUAUGGCUUUUUAUUCAUACUUACUCUGUCGGACGAAUUAUUAAAUAUUUAAUACUUCUAAACUAAUAUCAGUAUCCUUUUCGAAAAGCUUUUGAUAUUUAAAGUGGCAAUAUUAAAAAAACCAUAACAUCUAAUUUUAUUGGUAACAAUUUUAAAGAUUCUGUGUGGUAACAUACGUUUUAAUUGGUAUUAUUGCAACUUAGAUAUGUAUUUGAUAUUUCCAUAGAUUGUUAAAAUAAUUUAUUGCAAUGUCUUUGUUUUUUUUUAGUUUAACCUUUUAAAGCUCCUCGGAUUUUACUUUUAUAUAUUUAAAAAAUAUAUAUACUCUGUUUUAUAUAUUGAAUAAACAUAAUUUGAAUAUUGGUGUUCUUAUAAACUUUUUAGUGGCAGUUAAAAAUUAUUUUUGCACGGCCAUAUUAUGUAAUUAAUCAUUGUUUUGGAAUACAGAAUAUUUUUGUUA